CCUUCCCAUCCCAGCAUCCCCUCUCCAACGCCGCAAGCUGUCAAGGGCUCAAGGCUUCGAAGCGAUCAUUCCCUCCAGUCCUGGUCCUGGCUCGCUUCGCCUCCUUCCACCAGCGGCGCCGCGCGCCGCACCUCGGCCCAACCCCUCCCGACCUGGCGAUCUACACGCCUCGCCCUCCCUACUUCUCCGCCUCGCUUUCUCGUCCGUGCCCCCUCCUCCGCCGCCCCUCUUCGCUGCGCUACGCCUCCGUUUCGCGCCGCCGCUUCAUAUAUCAAGAUACAGAAUCGAGAUUGCUGGCCCAUCUGCAGCGAAACUCUGGCAAAAUGGAUCCCUCGUGCCGUUGGCUUGGAACACCAGUUUUAUUAACCCUUAUAAGUUUACAUGGUUUAGGAUGUUGUAACAUGUUUGCUAGAUUUUUCGUUAAACAGUUUAUACUGCGAAAAAAUGAAAGUAAUUCCUGUGCUCCAAACUAACUUUAUGGUGCUUCUUGUUGGUAAGAAAAAGUAUUAGGGCAUGUAAGUUUAAGCUGUGUUGCGAUGCCCGCAACUGAGAAGUAUGCUUUACCUACAUUUGUGGAAUAUUAUAGGAAUAUUAAAAAGCUAAUUUUAUGUUGAACACUGCAACUGUAAGCUCACAAACUUAUAGGUGCAUUUGAUUGGACAAACAACUUGAAUGUGUAAGCCAUAGUUAUUACAACCAGAAAUUGGACCUGCAAAGCCCUUGGCCUUGGUUUUUGUGGUUUGAUUGAUCUAACUUGCUGGGCUGCUCGUUCAGAGAGUGUGAAUAGUACUAAAGACCAGCCACAAGGACAAGCAUGUUGCGUAGUUAUGGAUUUAAUUUUUUAACCUUCCACAUUGAAUCUUGUAGAAAAUUCUCAAAUUAUAGGUGUGAUGGUAUGAAAAUUCUCAAAUUUGUGAGAUACCCUAGGUACUGCAUUUUUCAUUUAUAGAUAACAUUUUAUUGUACAUACAUGCAAACUUUCAACUCCGCCUCAGUUCAAUUUCUGAUAUAAAAAAUGCCUACUGGAGUAGAAUUUGUCAACUUCAUAUCUGCAAGUCGGUCUAGUAUAUCUUGACAUUUGUAUGCAUGUAGAUCAUAACCUUGAUUUGUUUUCAAAAAGUAUUUCCAAAAACUUUACUCAGGUCUUUGUGGAAUAUGCAAUAUUUCUAAAUUUUGAUUUGUUUUCACAUGAGUUGCCCCUGUCACACAAUAUAAGUCCAAGGAAACAUGGUAUCUAAUAAAUAGUCAUUCUAGAGGCACCAAUGCACAUUUGCAGUGUCUAAUAAGUAGAGGGGUGGAGUGGGCAUACUAAAAUAGUUGGCUGUUUGAUUCUCUAAUCGAACCAAAGCAUCCAUGUGGACUGUCCUAUACUGUAGUAAAGAGGGAGUAAUUUUUAAGUUUUACUCAUAAUUGGUAUGCAUUCGGAUGAUUUGUCAAGCUGAACAAUAUUUAUUGAGAAUAAAAAUGUCAGUACAGCAAACUCAUAACGCAUUGUAUGAGAUAGUAUACAUUACUCGUCUGUCAAUACCUGAUAUGUCAUACUGUCAUGUGCAACUUUGAAUGGUAUGUAAAAUCCUUAAUUUUUAAUUGCACCUCCCUCAUAUCCCUGUUAUAGAUUUAACUGUAUCCUGUCUUUUUAUACUACCUUUCAGUAACACAUGGCUCUUUGGAGGGUUAUGCUUUUGUUGGUUGUUCUACUAGCUGUCAAGGUGCAGUAUGUUAGUUGCCCUGGUGACACAUGGCUUAAGGCAGCUACCCUGGCUUCUCACUUGGACACAAGUGCUCCCGCGCCACAGCCCAACAGGAAUGACAUCUGUGACAACCACACUGUUUCCUGCCAACCUGCUGAAUCUAGUGCUGCUAAGGCUGUUGUUGAUUUCAACUCAGCCGUAUCUUCCUUCUUCUUCAUUGUACCCAUGAUACGAGUGUUGAGGUUAGAGCAUAACAGCCGUACAGAGUCAGAUACACAAUUUUGGUGGUACCUUUGCUUUGGCUCUAGUGGCUACAUCAUAUGGGCAUAUUACUUCUGCGGUUGUUCCUCAUUCUAUCAAGCAGCUGUCUUUCCAAUAUAUGUGGUGUCAAUAUUGGGAGCAAUUGUCCAUCUCAUCCUUUUACUUAUUGCUACAUCUUUGACCUUUGGUGUGCGGGAUAAGAGACCAAUUCCACUGGUUUUAGUACCAGCAUCAUCCUUCUUCACUGCUGCUGUGUUGUGGUGGGUGUCUGAACUGGAUUGGAUUGGAUGGUGGGGCUUCUCAUUGACUGCCCUUUCGCAUUGCUUCCGGCUCGGAGCUACAAAUUAUCAGGAUGACUUCACCUUCUGGCUUUUUGAUGCAUCCAUACCGAUCUGGCUGGUUAAUGCAAUCAUAUCGGCGGUGGGGGCAGUCAGUGGAUUUUUGUGGCUUAGGCACCCUCAGUUGUGUGUCUCAUUGGAAUACAAGGUAACUUCUUAUGUCAUUGGAGUUGUGCGCGGGGUGGAAGUCUAUCUAUGGUGUUCUCGUGGCAUCACAAGGGUAUUGUCGAAGAUAGAAGGCGACCAACAAUGAUCUUUAGCAUAUUGGGAUUCAUGUUCAACUUACAAUAGGAAAAUUGCACAAGUACUUUGGGUUUGCCCACGGAGAGUUAUUUACAAUGAGACACAACUAAUGUCCAAGGAGAGUUAUUUACAUUCACCAAUGUCAUGAACCAUCAUGAUUUGCCUUACAUAUGUAUGAACUUUGCUCUCAAAAGUUCAUGAAGUUUUUUUUUCCCGCUAGCUCGUUGGCUUUGCUUUGAACCAACAGAAAAGGGCAAUAUUUGUUCAGAAUACCCGUGAACCUUAUAUUCUAUUUGAUAAUCUAAUCAUGCCUA